AUGGCUCAGACCGGUGGGGUUGUGCGCUUUCUUCCUGAAGGGGACUGCAUUCUUUCUUCUCCAAGGGCCCUCCGAGAAAUUGAAAGCAAGCCUUGGCUACAGGGAUUGAACUCAGAGGUUGCUUUUAACCCCCACAGAUGUUUUACUCCAGACCUCAACUCCCGGAGGAUCCAAGUACUAAGGAAAAGCCUUACACCUGAAGCCAGGCGGGCUCACCUAGGGAUGUAUAAUAGUACAGGGUCUUUGGUUUGCAACGUUUCUGAAACAGGACAUAGGCCUGGAAGGGUUACUGCCCCCUGCAGUCCUUUGAGAAGCAAUCCUCUAUAUUCACCUGGUAGUAGGAAACCUUUUGCACUUUCUCAAGCUGCGGGACAUAGUUCUAUUGUAACGUUUACAUUUGUCAAGAAAUCCAGUGUGCAGACUUUAAAUGGAAUAUCAUCCGAGUCAGAUUCCAAUCCAGUUGUACCACAGGAAGGUGAUAUCCACAGAGAAGGGAGUUGUGCUGCUGAACUAGCAGUUUGCCACAAAGACACUGGGGAGGCAGCAGAUGCUUCAGGCUGCAGUGAACAGAGGGUUGGCUCACCACAACCUACAUGUUCUCCCCAAGGAAGUAAAAUACAGAAAAAGUCUGAGAGUCAUCAAACAUGCCAGAAGCCAUCAGACAGUGAAUUAGGGAAUGCAAGUCUCUGCUUAGUAGGUGGUUCAGACAGUCACCUGACCCCACAAUGUGAUUCUCCCAGCACAUAUGUUAAUACAAGCUGUCCAACAUCAGGUAACAUAUCACCAGCUAAUAAUAAGUCAUCAAGUCCUUCUCAGAGCCCCCUCCUCCAACGAAUUGUUCGAGAAUCUAAUUUCUGUAAAGAUGAAGACACCGAUGAGCAGUCACCAAAAAGUCCAAGAAGAUUAGAUCAUGUUCAGCAGACAGACACUUGGGGUUAUCCAAAGGAGGCCUCUUUACAUGCACAAAAAAUUGCAAAAGCCAAAUGGGAGUUCUUCUACGGUUCACCAGAAACACAAAGGACUGGUUUACAGAUUCCUGAGACUUCAUCAUCCCCAGGAUCACCUAUGAGCAGUGGCAGUGUGAAAAAUAGGACCAUAGAUACUGAAGUGUGUGAGCAUAGUUUAUGUCAUGUGGAAGUUGAAAUAGAGACAACACCUUCUACUAAUCAGACACCACAAGCCUGUGAGACGGGCAUUAUCCUCAGGACUAUCAAAUACUCUGAAACAGACCUGGACUCAGUACCCUUAAGGUGCUAUCGGGAAACCAACAUAGAUGAUAUUCUGGCGGAAAAUGAAGGACUGGAUUCAGCUAUUGGUAGUCAAAAAGACAGUGAAAGCAACACUGAUACCAGCACUGAGAAAGCAGAGCAUCAAGACAACCCUGUCGUCACAGAGAUUCCUACAUGUCCUAAGAAUGAGACUCAAGGCAGUGUUGAAGAAGAAGAAGAUGAAGUGUUUGAACCGGUAGCAAUAGAGGAAAUAAAAAGGGAAACUUUCCAGACACCACUGCGUUCUCCUUUGACUUUCCGUUUGUGCCAUCGAUUCUCAGAAGAUGGCAUGGACUCAUUCAGCAAACAUUUUGAAGCGAUAAUGGAAUCCCAUAGAGCCAAGGGUACAUCUUACUCCAGCCUUGAUUCUAUUGACAUUCUUUCUUCCUCCGCACAAAAUCAAAACAGCUUCUUCACUUUUGACCUUCCAACACUGACUUCGGAAACCCAGAAGCAGAUCUGCAAGAAUGCUCAGCUUAUUGAAGACAAUUUUGCCCCUCUAGCUCAUCUGGAGUUGGACUCUGGGACGAGUUCCACUACUGAAUCAGCCUGGAGUGAGAAAGAAGAUGAAACCAUAAAUGCUGCAAGAGUUGCACCCAAUGAACUGCACAGCCCUUCUCAAUCUGAGAGCAGCUUAAUUAUUGCUGAUGCCAUUAUACACAGUGAACCACCUCUCGGCAAUAUGGCUUCAGAUUUUGAUUCGGAAAUGGACAGCACUGAACAGCUGGCUUUAGGAAGCACAGAUACCUUAUCCAAUGGACAUAAGGCAGAUCAAGAAGCUGCAAAACGUUUGGCAAAAAGGCUGUACAAUCUGGAUGGGUUCAAGAAAGCUGAUGUGGCAAGGCACCUGGGGAAGAAUAAUGAGUUCAGCAAGAUGGUUGCAGAAGAGUAUCUGAAAUUUUUUGUCUUCACCGGAAUGACCCUUGAUCAAGCAUUGAGAAUGUUUUUGAAAGAAUUGGCUCUUAUGGGGGAGACCCAAGAGAGAGAACGAAUACUGGCCCAUUUCUCUCAGCGAUAUCACCAAUGCAACACAAACAGCAUAUCCUCUGAAGAUGGUGUUCAUACACUAACGUGUGCACUGAUGCUGCUAAACACUGACUUACAUGGACAUAACAUUGGUAAAAGGAUGUCCUGCUCAGAAUUCAUUGGGAACCUGGAAGGAUUAAACGGAGGUAAAGACUUUCCAAGGGAACUUCUCAAGGCUUUGUACAGCUCAAUUAAGAAUGAGAAGUUACAGUGGACAAUAGAUGAAGAGGAGCUCAGGAGAUCACUCUCAGAACUUGCAGAUCCAAACCCCAAAUCCAUAAAACGCAUCAAUAGUUGUGGAAAACCAUUCCUUGACUUCUCUCAAGAUCCUAAUAUCACAACUUACAAGUAUGGCGUGUUGGUGCGCAAAAUCCAUGCAGAUCCUGACUGCAAAAAAACACCAAGAGGAAAGAGGGGCUGGAAAACAUUUCAUGGAAUAUUGAAGGGAAUGAUCCUUUAUCUACAGAAGGAGGAAUAUAAACCAGGAAAACCAAUUUCGGAGGAAGACUUGAAAAAUGCAAUCAGCAUACAUCAUUCUCUAGCUACUAGAGCAUCCGACUAUAACAAAAGGCCCAAUGUCUUUUACCUGCGAACAGCAGACUGGAGAGUUUUCCUCUUUCAAGCUCAGAAUACAGAACAGAUGCAUUCAUGGAUCACCCGCAUUAAUGUGGUGGCAGCAAUGUUUUCUGCCCCUCCAUUCCCAGCUGCAAUUGGAUCACAUAAAAAAUUUAGCCGACCACUCCUUCCAAGUGCCAUCACUCGCCUAUCUCAGGAGGACCAGGUGAAAACACAUGAAUCGAAAUUCAAGAGUAUGUCAUCAAGCUUAAUAGAACAUCGCACUAGUCCUCCAGAUAAGAAGGUGAAAGGGAAAGAAGUGGAUGAAUUUAAGCAGAAAGAAGACUACCUAGAAUUUGAGAAAUCCCGAUACGGCACUUAUGCCAUGCUCUUAAGAGCCAAACUGAAAGCGGGCACCGAAGAUUUGGAAGCUUUUGAAAACAGCUUAUUUGACUCCGCAGAAAAUGAUGAGGAUGGACUUAAAAAGUCACGCUCCAGUCCUUCUCUAAAUCUGGACCCUCCUGUCACAUCUGCCAAAGCCAAAUGCCACGGAUCUUCACGAGGCAGCUGCAGAACGACCCACAACAGCAACAGGCAAAAAUCCUGAAGUGUCUGCAAGGUAACGUCUUGAUUGGUGAAAGAAAAAAAAUGAAGGCCCCUCUUUUCUGUGUACGUGGUAUGUUGGAUUUCAAGCUGGUACCAAUAAGUAUUGCAUGAUUUAAUACUUUGUUGCCGGUAGGUAUUUAGAUGGGUUCAGACCUUGAAGGGCUUUGAAAAACAGUGGUGAGAUUCCUGGAAUGGAUGACAAGUUGCACAAUCACUAUGAGCACUGCCCAAGAGAUCUUACGUGUACUGUGCAAGAGGAGAGAACAGCAUGUGAUUGAAGGCUUUUCAAUACGUAUUUCUGUAUGUCCAGAUGUUAUGCUCUUUCUUUUUAUAUAUAAGCCAUUCAGAUCCAGCAGGACCAUAUUUUUAAAUUUUAUUAGCAUCAACCUACCAAAAAGCAAAAUUAUUCUGAGAGCAUUUCCUUGAGUACCUAAGUGAACUUCCUUAUGGAAACAUACAGCACAUAAACUUUGUUAAUCAAAUGUUUUUUAUGGAGACAACAAAGAGAUGAAUGCCUCCAGUUCUAAACACACAAAAGGGCAAUGUACAGAGUUUCUAUUCGUUUUGUAUGUUACACCUGCUCAAGCUAAGAAGAGGAGAUUAUGUGAAGUGACAAGACUCACUAAACAGAACUUAGAUUCUAGAAGUUUUUUGGCAAAAUGGCUUCUUCAUUUUAAGAUGGUGCCAAUUCUUUACUGGACUCCUCUCUUUUUGUGACAGAUUUUUGCACUUUUACUACUUUACUGAAUUUGAUUGUCAUGCUGAUAUUUUGUAGUAUUAAUGCUCCUUUUCAGGAUUGGGAAUUGUUUCGUUUCAUGCUAAAGGAAAAAAAAAAAACUAUGAAUGUCAAUUUUCUUUGUAAUACUGUAUAAGGAAGUUUACCCUUAAUGUACAAAGGCAACAAAGACGCAGUGUUCUCUGCAUGUGUCAGAAACGUCAUGGACUUCUUACCAUGAGGCGUUGGACCUGGACAGUCAAAAGUGGAUGCAGCUAAAAAAAAAUACCAGCAGAAUUCCAGUCUAUCAUGGCUUCUUUGGAGUAAAUAUACCACAAGGCAAUGUAGUUGUAUGGGUAGGAAUUUGGGACAAUUUAAGAUCAUAGGAGAAACUGCAAUUAAAAUUGUAUGCCAAACUUUUAAGCCAUACUAUACCACCCAGAAUUCUUGGUAGAAUAAAAAAACAGCAGUACUAGACUUCAAUUAGAGACCAGUUUUUAAGCAGCUCUAGAGGGCUAUGAGGU